CAGCCCGGGAGACGCGAUGCGGCAGUCAGACGUGAGAAACUUGCCUGACGCGUCCUCUACUCCGGUUGUAUACGUACGCUUACCUGUCAGGUGUUAACAUACUUUUUGGACGGUGUGACAUGACGCAAGGUCUGGCGCUCUCGCUUAAGGACGAAUUUUGUGGUUAACGGGCUCUCUCGAAAAAUCGGAUUGAAAAUGAGGUAGAUACGAAAAUGUAGCCUAGAUGUCGUUAGUCACGUCAUGUGCAUAAUCGAUACGCUUUCGUUGAGAAAAGUAAAAUCAGUUACCGAAAUCUUUUAUGCAAUGUGGAUAAUCAUCAUCAUAGUCUUCGUCGAAGAAUCCGAGAGUGUAUCUUUUCUGGUGCACAAGUAUAGCACGCGCAUCGUUAAGACAAAGUACGGACCGUUGAGAGGCAUCAUCAUUCAUAUGCAUCCAUCGGUGGAAGCGUUCCUGGGCGUCCCCUACGCUACGCCCCCUGUUGGCAGUUUAAGGUACAUGCCACCUGUGACCCCAUCUAUGUGGAAGUCGACCCGAUUAGCAGAUCGAUUUAGCGCCGUAUGUCCGCAACGUCUUCCCGAUAUCGGGAAUCGAUCUGAGGCACUGUUGGAAUAUCCAAAGAAUCGUUUACUCUACUUAGAAAAAGUUUUACCACUCUUAGCUAAUCAAAGUGAAGACUGCCUUUACCUCAACCUCUACGUGCCCAGAACCGUGACUGGCGGUGAAGAAACCAGUCUGUUGCCUUGUAUAGUGUAUGUCCACGGGGAAAGUUAUGAAUGGAGCAGUGGGAAUUUAUAUGACGGAACCAUUUUGGCGUCCACGGGACGCGUUAUUGUAGUUACAAUCAAUUUUAGACUUGGUGUUUUAGGUUUUUUGAAAACCGGCGCCAAGAAUAGUGCACAAGGAAAUUUUGGACUUAUGGAUUUGGUAGCGGGACUGCAUUGGUUGAGAGAAAAUCUUCCAGCCUUUGGGGGAGACCCCCAAAAAGUUACUCUAAUGGGACAUGGUACGGGGGCUGCACUAGUGAAUUUUAUUGCUAUAUCACCAGUAGCUAAAGAGCUACUGCAUCGUGUGAUAUUACUCAGCGGGUCAAGUCUGAGCCCUUGGGCGUUGCAGAAGGACCCUCUAUGGGUAAAGAGGAGCGUCUCACUGCAUACUAGGUGCUAUGGAGAUUUGUUGGAAGAUGAUCUCGCUCCUUGUCUGAGGCUACAACCGUUAAAUCAUUUGCUGGAUAUACGAUUGGAUAUUCCCCGAUUUUUACCAGGUUUUGCCCCCUUUGUCGACGGAACAGUUUUAAUUAAUCCUACUGCGGUACCGCCGAACAUGGGAGCCCCCACAAUCUCCACGUCACAAGGAUUUGAACUAGCUGACUUUCCGGAUAGAGCUCUUUUAUUCGGUCUUACCUCUACCGAAUCAUAUCUUGACCUCAACGCUCAAGAUUUAGAAUUCGGUUUCAACGAAACGAAGAGAGAUAGAAUACUAAGGACUUACGUUAGGAAUGCCUAUUAUUAUCACCUGAACGAAAUUUUUUCAACUUUGAAAAACGAAUAUACGGAUUGGGAGAAGCCGUCACAAAAUCCACUGAGUGUCAGGGACGCUACCCUGGAUGUUUUAAGUGAUGGUCAUACGGCGGCUCCUCUAAUCAGGAUAGGAUAUUUACAUAGCUUGAAAGGAGGAACAACUUUUUUCUUCCAUUUUCAGCAUCACAAUGGGGAGAGAGAUGUUCCUAUGAGAUUUGGGAGCGUAAGAGGAGAUGACCUUCCCUUUGCUCUGGGCUUCCCCUUGACUGGUGCUGGGUUCUAUUCUCCGUACAACUAUACAUUCAGUGAUGCUGCCAUAUCAAAAGCCCUGAUAUACUAUAUUAGUAAUUUCGUCAAAACUGGAAACCCCAAUGGAGAACUGCCAAACGUUUCAGUGAACCUUAAUUCUUUAACUGAAAAACAACAAACUCCGAAUUUUCCUUUUUGGGAUACGUACGAUACAAUCAAUCAGUUUUACUUGGAAAUUGGUAAUCACUUGGAAAAAAAGGAUCACUAUCGAGGACACAAAAUGUCUCUGUGGUUAAAUCUGAUUCCUCAGCUGCACAGACCGGGAGAUGGUGGGGAUGUGUCGAUGAGACAUCAUCAGUUUCAAGAGGAAGACGACCAAUAUUAUGAUGGCUAUGUUCGACCUCAGAUAAAAGAAAAACCAACCUACAUCCAUCUUUCUACGGCUUCCACUUCUAUAUCAACAGAGAGUACAAGUUCUACUCCAAUACCACCAAAAUCAGAUACAGCCUUACAGGCUACAACUACAGAAUGCCCUCCAAAUCAAACAAUAUUUCUUCCAAGUCAAACAAAAACUUCCAAUAAUCUCUUAAGAAAACUUGCUUCCAGUCAUUAUCAAAAUUAUACCACUGCCCUCACAAUUACCAUAGCGGUGGGCUGCUUCCUUCUGUUAUUGAAUGUUCUAAUAUUCGCCGGAAUUUAUCACCAGAGAGACAGAGAGAAGAAUAAGAGGAAGAGGAAAGAAGCCCAGCAUGAAACAGGAAGUUGUAGCAGUUCCUCUGGCGAAGGCUAUGACAAAUCCUACGAAAUCCAACACUCCGAAAUGAAAUGCAGCCGCCACAAAUACGGAUCCGACUACAGCUGUAAUCAAAAAAUGCACACCGAUAUCCAAAUAACCGAACUACCCAUACAAAACUUCAAAUGUUCCCCUCCGCCGGCCAAACGAAUCGAAAACAUCCAGUCUAGUUUUCAUCCCCCCGACGUGACCACCACCAGCCAGGACGUGCUGCUCGGCAGGAACGCGACGUCGUCGUCGCCGGUCGUCGAGGUGGUACCGCCAGCUAGUACAAAUCAAAUAGGAAUACUCAGGCCUCAAGGUGGUCCCGUCACGCCGGGAACCAUGAAGAAACGUGUUCAGAUCCAAGAAAUAUCUGUAUGAUUAUGUAUGAAUAUAUAUGUACAAUGGAUCAGUACCUCUACGAGAAUGUGCGAACUGUUAGGAUUUGCUAAUCUUUUUUGAGUUGAUAAAACUUUAAUGUAAAAAAAUGGAAUUUGAAAUAAGGAUAUUGAUAUAAAAUCUAGUUAGUAUAUAAUUUGACAUGUUUAGUUUGUAAUAACUGGUAGAAUUUUCAAUGAUGAUGAAAAAUAAACACAUUUUUAUAUUGA